UACACCUAGGAACUAUGCAUUCAGAGCCUUCGCGGGUGAACGGACCCAUUUUCAAGGGCAGAAAGAAAACAAAACAGACCGACAUUGCUACCAAGAAGCCAGGGACGUCUAAGUUGUCGAAAUGGAUGACCAAGAAAUGCAGCUCAAAGUUAAAAGAGUGACAGAUAAAUUCACAGAGAGCAUGUACGUUUUGGCCAAUGAACCGUCUGUGGCGCUGUACAGAUUGCAGGAGCAUGUCAGGAGGUCACUGCCAGAGCUAGUGCAACACAAAUCGGAUAUGCAAAGCUGGGAAGAGCAAAGUCAAGGGGCCAUCUAUACAGUAGAGUAUGCAUGCAGUGCCGUAAAAAGCAUGACAAACAGCAGUCUCUACUUCAAAAGCAUAGAGGGAUUGCUUCGUCAGACCAUCUCUAUGAAAGACCAGAUAAACAAUACCCAAGGCCGCAGGAAGAGGGUGGUGGAGUCUGCAGCGUCUAAAGAAGUGGGGGAGAAACAUGGCCCGGGAAUGUAAAACGGCGGCCUUCUCAUUCUGCACGGAGGAGGUUUGGGGGUUGUGAAAGGCUCCCUGUCCCUUAAUCUUGUGAGGGUGCUGCCACUACAUCGGCAGAUCAGGAGCCCUCAAACAGGUCCUCCCCACAAGGGGAAACCCUGACACUCUGCCAGGCAUGCCAUUAGCAUGUCUGUUUAGGGAUGUCUAUAAAAGACAGAAUUGUUCUCAGUCGAGCAUAGUGCUCUCAAGGAAUUUGACCAGACCUUAGCCUGCAGGUGCUGACUGACGCACAGAAAUGUCUCAACGAGCUUAACUUUAUCCUUUGUCCUUAAUUAUUUUUUGUGAUCUAUCAUAAUAUUGAUUUAAUGCUUGUUAUGAAUGUGGAAUUUGUUUGUUGAUGAUUAAAACUGCUUUUGUGAUA